AUGCAGUCUGCUCGUCCACUUGCUUUUCGGUCCCAGCUCACUCGGCGUCUCUUCUCAUCCGGCCCCCAUCUUCGCGCCGCCGCUCCUUUCGCCUCAGGUCCAGCACCCCCCCGCCUACCCAAAGAGGAUCAGGAGCUGUACGAGCAACUACAACGCUCUUCGACGGGAGCAUUCAGCACACCGAAGCCAACAGUCGUCAUCAAUCAAUCCCCAGCUGCCACUUCAGAUCCUCCCAAACGAUCGAGGCCGCAGAUAAAUCAGUCGCCGCAUACCGAACAAGCUGCAGAGCCCUCGACGGAGCAGAAGCUUGAGAACAUCAAUGCGAAGGUAGAGGCAAGGGGUAAUGGGGAAGAGCUGCACCCGGAUGUGAGAAGAGGCGUUCUGCCCGAGUUCGAGGGGGAGAGGAAUCCAAAAACUGGUGAAACAGGAGGACCGAAGAACGAGCCACUGAGGUGGGGUGGAGGGGUAGAUUGGAGUUAUAAUGGCAGAGUCACAGACUUCUGA